AUGAAAGACAGGCUGUCCGACUUACAGCAGAAUGCUAAGAAGGAGAUGUCGGCUUUGGUGGAACAACUGGAGGAGAAAUGGGCAGAUACGUCCGAGAGAACGAAUUUGUUAAAUAAAGUUAGUAGCAGCAAGGUCAACACGUUUCUAACGCACGUGGAUGAAUUGGUAAAUGAUAUGAAUAUGAUGGAAACGUUACUGGAUGAAAUAAAAGAUUGGCACUGCAAAAUCAUUGCGGAACCAGGAGAUCAUCCUGAAAUGAAUAUACAAUUAGAUGACGCAGUGGCUUCUUACACAACAAUACUUUAUAAAACUCAGGCUGCUCUUAAAAAUAUAAGUGCCGAAAUUGAACGACAAUUCGAUAAAGCAGCAGAUGAAAGCGCUCAAACCGUCGAAGCACGAAUUAAAAAGAAUCAGGUGAUGACGCUAACAAAAAGGCUGCAGGGUCUACUGAUCGCUUUCAAUGAUGAACAAUUAAUAUACAAAGAUAAAUGCAAACGAAAAAUUCAGUCGUACUUGAAAAUUUCUGGUAACGCAGUGAAUGAAGAAGAUAUUGAAGCGAUCAUCGAAAAAGGAACUUUAUUUGAGCAUACAAAAGGGCUGUUGUUAGCGGAACGGGAUAAGAAAGCUCUAUAUGAUGAAGUAAAGACACGUCGUGAUGAUAUUGUGAAAUUAGAAAGCAGUAUAAAGGAGUUGUAUGGCCUGUUUGUCGAAUUAACAACUCUCAUCCAGAGUCAGAGUGAAAUGCUAAACAAUAUAGAGCGAAAUGUUGAAAGUGCUGUGGAGUAUGCGCAGAAGGCUCACAUGAACAUGAUCAAAGCUAAAAAUAUGAGGGCAAAUGUCCGGAAGAAAAAAAUGUGCUUACUAAUACUGAUCAUCGUUUGCAUAAUCUUCAUAUUUUGUGUGGGGACGAUGCUGUUUUGCUUUUAUGUACCAUUUCUCUGUCGUUGA